ACAAGAGGUAGCAAGGUUUGCGUGAUGGCUCUCUAUCACAACAACAACAAUAAUUACUUUCACAAGUUCAGCUGUUAUCUUGUAGUUGUUCUCAUCUGGAGGAUCACUUGAGUAUUGUGUGUUGGUGUUGCAGGAUGCAACCCACGACAGCGACUAAGUCCCAAGUACCUACUUACUGCUAGAGGAUAAAACAACAGGAAAUUUGUACAAAUAUGUAGUCUUGGAGACUGUGAAAGCUAGUGUACUGAGUGGCUGUAAGGAGAUUAAGAUGCUGGAUGCUGAGAUGCUGUGCUGCCGACCCAAGUUCUCAUACAGUAUAUAAUAACAACUUGUCAGAGAACCCAUCAUAACUCCAAGUUGUCGGUAAAUGAGUACAUCGGUACAGUGGAACCUUGUUUUUUGGCUGCUGUGUUUAUCAAUCGAUUCGUAUUUGGCCAGUUUUUCAGCAGAAACUUUGCUCCGCAUAUUGGCCAUAUUAGAUACAUCAGCCCGCCUCCCGCCGGGAUGCCACUGUAUAGCUGAACCAAGUGCCGGAAGAGUUAUGCUAGGAGUGCCACUACCAUGUAACUGGCAGAAAUGCAAUAGAUACAUAAAGACUACAUGUUGAGUGUCAACAGUUAGCAUCUUAAGGUUUACUUCAACAUCCUGGCUUAUAAGGGCAACCUCAACAUCCUGGCUGCUACAAGGACAACCUCAACAUCCUGGCUGUUACAUGGAAAACCUCAGCAUUCUGGCUACUACAUGCACAACCUCAGCAUCCUGGGUGCUACAUGCAUAACCUCAACAUCUUGGCUGCUACAUACACAACCUCAACAUCCUGGCUGCUACAUGCACAACCUCAACAUCUUGGCUGCUACAUGCACAACCUCAACAUUUUAUUAACGUAACUUUGUUCAGUGAAAUAUUGUAAUUAUUAUUUUUACUAAUUGCAGUGAAUAAUAUAGUUCUGCACUACCAACAGCUAUUGCGUGAAUGUUUACCAAAUUUUAGAGAAAAUGUGCACAUUUAUAAAAAAUAGGAAAUUUAUUGUAAGAAAUUAGUAGUGAACUAAUAUUUUAUUGUACAAGCAUCCUGAAUAUAAUGUAUUUAACUUGGCAUUUUUUUGAAAAUCAAGCUUGUUGUGGUAAUGUAAAUAAUUGAUUAAGCUUUGUCAUACUUCCAUGAAAAUAAUUGAUUAAGCUUUGUCAUGUUCCCAGGAAAAUAAUUGAUUAAGCUUUGUCAUACUUCCAUGAAAAUAAUUGAUUAAGCUUUGUCAUGUUCCCAGGAAAAUAAUUGAUUAAGCUUUGUUAUGCUUCCAAGAAAGUAACUGAUUAAGCUUUGCCAUACACCAGUUUAUAAGUUUGUAAUAUACAAUGCUUUCAAGAAGUCUUAUUGUCUACGACUUGAGAAUUGUCUUUUAUUAAGUGCAUAAUUUUCCUGCAUCAGAGUAUGUUCAUACUAGUCAUCUUACUGUUAUAUUCCUGCAUCAGCUUGCUCAAAUUGGAAAAGAUGCUUUAAUUAUAUUUUCUCAGUAAUUUAUUCCUGAUUUUCAGCACCAUUAUCAUGCAGUGUAUUGUGGCACUUUUAUCAAGGUCUGCACUUGAAAAAAGUUUAAACAUUUUUGAGGAGAACUUAAAAAGUUGUGGUAUUUAGACAACAGAAGAUGAGCAUACAUAAAUUCAGUAAUUUAUAGACAUCUAAUUUCCAUGUUUUUUAAAAUAUUCAUUACAUUACCUGUGUUUUCUCACUGCAAAAAGCAACUGUGUUCAGUGUUAAACCAUUGUUACAUAUAAACUUAGAUUAACUUACUAGUGUGCAGAGUGUAACUUUGUGUAUUACUAAUUUUUCUAGGUAAUAUGUCAGCAGGUUUCUGGAAAGAACAUUUUAAAAAUUUUUGUUUUGAAGAUUAUUAUUCGGUAUAUUUAUCUCUGUAUUGCAAUAAUAUUUCAUAAAUUAGAAAUUUUACAGCAGUUCUCAAUGUUUCAAAGAUUGAAGAUAAUUCUUACAAAUUAUUUGCAAGAUUUCAAAUAGAAGAGAAACUGCAGUAUUAUUGUGAAAGUCUUUUGAAAAUAUAUUUCUAUAAGUAAUCUCAAGAAAACUUAGAAUGGACUGAAUUAUUUUUGAUACUUAGAGGAACAAAUAUAAGGCUGUAUCUGACACUACAAGUGUGUGUUUCUUAGAAAUUCCUAAAUAUUGCUGUUGAUUAAACUUGUAUAUUGAGACUGAAGAAUAUAUUUAUAUUAGCAUUCUCUUUAUUGAAAAGACUUAACAAAAAUCAUCUCUAAUACAAUACAAAAGAAGUUUGUGCAGAAGAUACACACAAACAUUUAGCAUCAUAGAGACUUUUUAAAUAGAAUAUAUCUAAUAAGACAAAAUGAGAGUCAACAGUGGAGAGAAGCCUUAUAAAUGUUCAGUGUGUCUAAAAGACUUCUCAAGGAAAUCCAAUCUAAGAGAACAUAGGAAAGUUCAUACUGGAGACAAACCACAUCAGUGUUCAGAGUGUCUGAAGGAUUUUUCACAAAAAUCCAGCCUCGUAAAACAUAUGAAGCUGCAUAGAGGAGAGAAACCGUAUCAAUGUUCAGAGUGCAAGAAAGAAUUUUCACAAAAAUCACAUCUGAUACGACAUAUGAGAGUUCAUACAAAAGAGAAACCUUAUCAGUGUUCAGAAUGUCGGAAAGACUUCUCGGAUAAAUCGAAUCUCUUAAAACAUAUGCGAGUACACACAGGAGAGAAACAUUAUCAGUGUCCUGAUAGUGUAGAAGACUUUUCACAAAAAUCCAGUCAUGUAGAACCCACGAGACUUUUAGAAGAGAAACCUUAUCGUUGUUCAGUAUGUCUUAAAAGCUUUUCAAGAAAAUCGCAUUUAAUUCAACAUAUGAAAGUGCAUACAAAGGAGAGGCCAUAUCAGUGUACAGAGUGUCUAAAAUAUUUCUCUGAAAAAUCUAAUCUUUUAAAACAUAGACGAGUCCAUACAGGAGAGAAGCCAUAUCAGUGUUCAGAGUGUCUAAAAGUUUUUUCACAAAAAUCUAAUUUAAUCAAACACUUGAAACUUCACACAGGAGAGAAACCAUAUCAGUGUUCAGAGUGUCCUAAAGAGUUUAAACAAAAAUCACAUCUGAUGCAACAUAUGAAGGUUCACACUAGAGAGAAGCCUUAUCAAUGUUCAGAAUGCCAAAAAAACUUCUCAGAAAAAUCACACUUAUUAAGACAUAUGAAUAUUCAUACAGCAGGAAAGAUAUAUAAAUGUUCAAAGUGUUUGAAAGACUUUUUGCAAAAAUCAUGUCUUGUAAAACACAUGAGACUUCAUGUGACACAGAAGUCUCAGAAUUAUUCAGUGUGCCUAAAAGACUUCAGAAAAAUAACAUCUAACGAGGUUCAUGAGAGCUCAUAAAGGAGAAAAAUGAUAUUCAUUUAUAAGAAGUCUAGGAUAAUGCUUAAUUAAAAUCAAAUCUUUUAAAAUACUAAGCUGUACAAAACAGAAACAAAGACUGUUAAUAUUUUAUAUGCUAUAUGUCCAGCGAAGCAAUGUGCUAUCUUUUGGUGUAGGGUUUGGGAAUGUAUUUAUAAAAAAAUCAUUAUUAUGAUUGAAAUUGUCAUAAUAGGAUGAGCCACCUCUGGGUUUUUUCAGAUUAAUAAAAUAUUAAUACAUAUCUACAUUAGGCAGCAGGUGGGUCUAUGGAAAAUGAGGUGAGCCAUAGAAUUUACUAGAGGAUAAAGGUGAGUGGUGCACUGAGGCAUCUGGAGACAAAGAAUGUUAUCCAUGGAGACAAAGAGGGAAAUGUAUAAGAUUAUUGUGGUACCAAUUCUUUUAUAUGGGUGUGUAGCAUGGGUUGUGAAUGUUGCAGCAAGGAGACUGGAGGAGUGCAGAUGUCAUGUCUGUGGGCAAUGUGUGGUGUGAAUAUUAUACAGAGAAUCUGUAGGUAUUAGAGAGGAUGAAACAAAAUAGGAUGACUUGGAGGGCAUAUACAUAAAUCUGUAGUAGAGGGAAGGUGGGAUGGGGGUUCAUCCUAGGAAAGGUUGGAGUAAGUGGGAAGGGGUAAAGGAGGUUUUGUGUGUGUGAGGUGGAAACAUAAACACAUAUGCAGUUUAAUGUGUUCCUUUAUUGACAACAUUUCGCCCACACAGUGGGCUUUUUCAAGUCACAAACAGAUCUACCUGGGGUGGAAGGUACGUGAGUAUUUAUAGUC